AGAAUGACUACAGUAGCCCUAAGACCAUUGGAGAGCGUGGACUGUUAGCAAGACGGUUGGCUAGGUCGUCAAAAAGACUUGUCUGUAUAGUUUUGUUCUGUUUGAAUCAGAAAAACGAGAGAGAAUUAUGACAGAUGUUGAACUACUAUCAUUAUCUGAUGGUGAAACAGAGAGGUUAAAGCAGGUUUAUCCAAAUCCAUUCCUAAAUUAUGGACAGAGGUUUAUCAGAACAAUGCCUGGCCAUUGUGUGCUUCCAGCUGCUUACGAGAAGUUCAAAAGCCAGUUACAAAAAUGGGAUGUACGGGAAGACGAUGUGUACGUGCUAACAUUUGCAAAAAAUGGCACAACUUGGACACAGGAGCUCGUCUGGUGCCUCCAGAACAACUGUGACAUCGGUCAGGCAAAGAGUCGCCAAGCCGGUGAACGUGUGCCAUUUUUGGACUUCCCUGUACUUGCUGAUUGCAUGAAACACAUAGCACCUAUUCCUUUGGAAGGUGCUUUGAAACGAAUCGGAGGAAUGGAUUCGCCAAGAGUUUUGAAAUCUCAUCUUCCCUACUGCCUUCUUCCUGAUGACAUAUUGGAAAAAUGCAAAGUCGUCACAUGUUUGCGGAACCCAAAGGACACUGUUGUUUCGUUUUACCAUCAUGAAAAAUUGAUAAAAAUCCAUGGCUAUGAGGGUGAUUUUGAUACAUAUUUUGAUUUGUUCAUGGAUAAUCUGUUGCUUUACACCCCAUAUUUCGAUUAUGUGGCUGAAGCAUGGAAAAGAAGAAACCACCCGAAUGUGUGUAUCUUGUUUUUCGAAGAAAUGAAAGCUGACUUGGAAAGUAAUGUGAAGAAGGUGGCGAAGUUUCUGGAAAAGGAUAUCACAGAUGACCAAUUAAAGCUUCUCGUUGACCAUUUGAGCUUCAAGAAAAUGAAGGAAAAUAAAUCGGUAAAUCUUGAAGGUAUCCAAGAUGGGAAAACUCUAAACAAAGUUGGAAGCUUUAUUCGAAAAGGGGAAGUGGGGGAUUGGAAGAAUUAUUUCACCAAGGAGAUGAAUAAGCGAAUGGAUGCAGCGAUUGAGAAAUAUCUCCAGCCAAUUGGACUUGAGUUUAGAUAUGAAUAACUGAAUUUUUUUAGUCCCAGCAGAAACAAAGAGUUUUUAAGAAGGUUCCAACAGAGUUGCGUAUGCACUGGAAGUUGUGUCCCAAUAAAUAGUCUGUAGUGACAUUUUGAGGUCACACGUCGAUAGCUUGUUUGCGGAUAAGAACUCUCUUCCAUCCCUCCCUUGAGGAUUUUGAGUAGCUGUACUGUAGUAGUGAUUUCUCAUUCUACUUGAUGCCAUGCUUAGCUAGAAUUGAAAACAUUA